GCCUUAUAGUAAAAGAUUUGCUUUCGUUAGCGCCUUGCAAGCAUACAUAUACAUAUCCUUGAGCUUAGCUGUCGAAGCUAUGGGUCGACUCGACGGGAAAUCCAUCAUAGUGAGCGGUGCAGCCGCAGGGUUCGGACGCGGUAUCGUUCAAAAACUCACGGCCGAAGGCGCGUCAGUUCUAGCCGUCGAUAUCAAUGCGGAAGAGAACUCCAAGACCGUUUCGAUGUGUUCCAGUGGAUUGGUCCACCCAUUCACCGCGGACAUAACGCUCGAGUCCUCCUGGCGUGAUAUCCUUCAGACAGCCUUGUCGAAAUUCAACAACCGCCUCGACGUAGUGGUAAACUGUGCAGGUGUCGUCCACUAUGCUGCGCCGUCGCACGAAGUUGCAGAGGAGCAAUUCGACCUCGUGUUUAAGGUGAACGUCAAACCACUGUAUCUGAGCACAAAAGUGAUCGUGCCGUGGUGGAAGGAGAACAAGAUGCCGGGCUUGUUCAUCAACCUGAGCAGUAUAAGUGAGCCCAGACCCAGGCCGAAUUUGGUCUGGUACGCAGCGAGUAAAGGCGCUGUUACUGUUGCGACGAAAGGCCUGGCCGCCGAGUACGCCGUCGACCAGAUCCGAUACAACUGCAUCCGGCCUGCAGUCGGAGAGACGGCAAUGCUUCCCAAGGUCUUGGGUGGUAACGAUACGCCAGAAGGUCGCAAGAAAGUGCUCGGAACGAUCCCACUAGGUCGUGUCUGUCAGCCGGCCGACGUCGCAAAUAUGGUAUGCUUUCUAGCAUCGGAUGAGGCUAGCUAUAUCACUGGCGCAGCAUUUGACGUCGAUGGCGGAAGAGGUGUUAGCUGAGAGAUUAAGCUAGUCAGGUCAAAAACAAGCUGAC